GCUUCUAGCGAAAGGGAAAAUGUCGGCGUGUUAGUGGGGUUUUGUUGUGCCACUAGAGAGUGACUUUUGGCUACGGUUUCCUGAACAGAUUUUACAGAAGAGAAUCCUCCAUCGAUACGGCUUCGAAAAGACUCAACAUCGUCGGGUUUGCCAGUACAUGGCGUAUGAGUCCUACCGGUUGGCGAUGUCAGUAGCAAAGAAUGAUUUUGUCGUGGGUGGCAAAUACAGGCUGAUGAGGAAGAUUGGUUCUGGAUCCUUUGGCGACAUUUACCUCGGUAUCAACAUCGCUAAUGGCGAGGAAGUUGCUGUUAAAAUGGAGCCUAUGCGUGCUCGGCAUCCACAACUAUUAUAUGAAUCCAAGUUAUAUAAAAUUCUACAUGGUGGUAUAGGAAUACCUCACAUACGUUGGUAUGGACAAGAAAGAGACUAUAAUGUACUUGUUAUGGACCUUCUUGGUCCAUCUCUUGAAGAUCUUUUCACUUUCUGCUCGAGAAGGUUUACAAUUAAAACCGUCUUAAUGUUGGCAGACCAAAUGAUUGGCAGGAUCGAAUAUGUUCAUUGCAAACAUUUUAUUCAUAGAGAUAUCAAACCAGAUAAUUUCCUAAUGGGUAUCGGUCGUCAUUGUAAUAAGGUACUGUUUAUUAUUGAUUUUGGAUUAGCAAAAAAAUAUAGAGAUAGUCGUACAAGACUACACAUAAUGUACCGAGAAGAUAAAAAUUUAACAGGCACAGCAAGGUAUGCUUCGAUUAAUGCUCACCUUGGAAUAGAACAGAGUCGUCGCGAUGAUAUGGAGUCAUUUGGUUACGUGCUUAUGUAUUUCAAUCGAGGAUCUUUGCCUUGGCAAGGACUUAAAGCUGCUACCAAAAAGCAGAAAUAUGAAAAAAUAAGUGAGAAAAAGAUGUCCACACCCGUAGAAGUUUUAUGUAAGGGAUUUCCUGCUGAAUUCGCGAUGUAUUUAAAUUAUACGAGAGGUUUACGUUUCGAAGAGAGUCCAGAUUACAUGUAUCUUCGUCAACUUUUCCGUAUACUUUUUCGUACAUUAAAUCAUCAGUAUGAUUACACAUUUGAUUGGACAAUGUUAAAACAAAAAGUAGUAGUAGGGGGUAGUAGUGUUAAUGCUGGAGCAACUGCAGCCGGUCCGAGUCAAGCCACUCAAGGUGCUCAGGGACAAGGACAGGCCCAAGGUCAACCGCCAGCUCAGGCCAACGCUCAAUCAGGAGCACGUUAAAACUACAACCAUUCGUCGUUGCAUCAAUCCUAUUUGCAGUUGCAAAAGUGUCCAAGAUCAGGUACUCAACUUUGUAUGAAUGCCAUGUCAAAGAGUUAAAUCAAUCAAUCCUCUAAGUUCACAGAAAGGAGGAAUUAUACGAUUACAAACGUAUCGUACACGAUAAAGGACAUAAAGGCCACACGAAUACACGUUUAUGAAUUCACUGACCAGUGAGAAUUUCGGUGUAUUCUUAGUGCUUAGAGUUUUGGUUGAUCCACCUCUUUGGGCUUAAAAUCCAAGUGAGAUCAGCCGAAGGUGGCUUGUUCUUAUUUUGUUAUUACCUAUUUAAUUCACCGUUGAUACUAAUUGAAAUAAAGGUUUUGAUGCCCCGAAGACGUUUGUAAGAGAAUGCACGUAACGGUGUAAUGUGUGAUUUAAUCGAGAAAAAAAAAACCGACAUAUAUCUUUCAUAGAAAGAAAGAGAGAACAUUUUGACUAUUCUUAAAUAUUCGGGGUAGAUUAUUAAAUACAACAUACAAAAUUUUAUAUCUAUUCUACAAAUAGAAACAAACGUGUGAGAAUGAGCGAAUGAUUAUGUGAGAGCAUGAAGAAAAUAUAAGUGUACUGAGAUAUAAAUACAGUUUGUUGCUUCCCAA